GGUUGUGUGGCGCCGCCUGCCGCCGCGGGGCCUCGGCGGUCUGCGGAGCUGGGAGGUGGCCCGGCGGACAAUGGAUUCCGUGGCCUUGGAAGACGUGUCUGUGCAGUUCACCCGGGAGGAGUGGGCUCUGCUGGAUCCUUCACAGAAGAAACUCUACAGAGAUGUGAUGCGGGAAACCUUCAGGAACCUGACUUCUGUCGGGAAUAAAUUGGGAGACCAGAAUAUUACAGAUCAGUACAAAAUUCAGAAGAAAAAUCUGAGAAGUUAUGUGAUCCAGAGGCUUUGUGAAAGUAAAGAAAGUAGCCAACAUGGAGAAACCUUCAGCCAGAUCCCAAAACCCCGUUUGACCAAGAAAACUACUGAAAUAAAACCAUACAAUUGCAGCAUAUGUGGAAAAGGCUUCAUGCUGCAUUCUUCCCUUACCAGGCAUAUCAGGUCUCACCCUGGACAUGAACUUGAUGGCUUUAAAAAUAGAGAAAAGCCAUAUAAAUGUAAGGACUGUGGGAGCACCUUCAGUUACCUCAAGUCCUUCCAGAGACAUGAACGGGCCCACACGGGGGAGAACCCGUACACGUGUGCGCGGUGCGGGAAGGCCUUCAUUUACUACCGGCCCUUCCAAGCGCACGAGCGCGCGCAUGGCGGCGCGGCGCCCUACCAGUGCCAGCACUGCGGCAAGGCCCUGAGCUCCCCGGGCUCCCUCCGGAUCCACACCCGGAUUCACACGGGAGAGAAGCCCUACGCGUGUAAGAAAUGUGGGAAAGCCUUCAGCUGUCCCAGUUCAAUUCAGAUUCACGAAAGAACGCACACUGGAGAGAAGCCGUACAAGUGUCAGGAGUGUGGGAAAGCCUUCGUUUCCCGCACCAGCGUGCAAACGCACAUGGUCACGCAUAACGGAGACAGGCCUUACAAAUGUACGGAGUGCGGAAAGGCGUUCAUUCGCCCAAGUUUUCUCCGCGUGCAUGAACGCAUCCACACCGGAGAGAAGCCAUACGAGUGUAAGCAGUGUGGCAAAGCCUUCAGAUGCUCCACGUCCAUCCAGAUUCACGAGCGGACUCACACGGGGGAGAAACCGUACAAGUGCAAGGAGUGCGGGAAAGCCUUCAGCGCGCGCCCCGCCUUCCGGGUGCACAUGCGCGUGCACACGGGGGAGAAGCCGUACAAGUGCAGGGAGUGCGGCAAGGCCUUCAGCCGCCACAGCUACUGCAAGGUGCACGAGCGGACUCACACUGGAGAGAAGCCAUACGAGUGCAAAAAGUGUGGGAAGACCUUCAAUUACCCUCUAGACUUGCAAAUCCACGAGCGAAAUCACACCGGAGAGAAACCCUACGAGUGUAAGAAGUGUGCCAAAGCGUUCAUUUCCCUGGAGAACUUCCGGAGGCACGCGAUAACGCACACCGGGGACGGGCCGUACAAGUGUGCGGAGUGCGGGAAGGCCUUCAUUUUCCUCAGCGCGCUGCGCACGCACGAGCGGACGCACACGGGCGAGAAGCCGUUCGAGUGCAAGCUCUGCGGCAAGGCCUUCAGCUGUUCGAGCUACGUGCAGAUCCACGAGCGGACGCACACGGGCGAGAAGCCGUACGCGUGCGCGCAGUGCGGGAAGGCCUUCAUCUACCCCACCAGCUUCCAGGGACACCUGCGGACGCACACGGGCGAGAAGCCGUACCGCUGCGAGCGGUGCGGGAAGGCCUUCAGCCUGCGCAGCUCCUUCCAGAGGCACGAGCGGACGCACAGCGGGGAGAAGCUCUUCGAGUGCAAGCACUGCGGGAAAGCCUUCUCUUUGUCUGCGUCCCUGUAUAACCACGUGAAGCUGCACACGCGCCAGAAGCCGUGACGACGAGGGGCGGAGCCUCGGCCCCGCAGCCAGUGCGUGCAGUCACGAAGACGCCCAGAACUGGACGGCAACGGUGAUGUGACUCCUGCAAGAUGGGCCAGGAGAUUCAGACUGCGGAGGGAGCAUUAUAAAAGCCAAAGAGCAUCGUUAGCACUCUAUUCCUUAUUAUGUACAUAUUAAUAUGUAUUUUAUAUAUAUGUAGUAUAUACACAUACAUGCUUACAUAUUUUUAUUUGAGGCAAAGAGUGCGGGCGCCAGGACCUCUAGCCACUGGUGAACGAAC